ACCGAGGAACGCCCGGUCGAAGCACGCUGCUCUUCUCUCGAUUCCGUCUCUCUUUCAACCCUCUCUGUUCCACCGUUGGUCGGUCGGACGCACGCUCGUUGCCUCUGUACGGUGCGGUGCGGUGCGGUGCGGCGCGGUGCGUGCCACGGACGGCUACGAGUGAAAACGGAGCUACCGAGGACGCUUGCUGGCGAGUUCCCCGGUCUGCGCGACGAAACUGUUACGACCAACACACCGGGUUAAAAUCCCCGGCGGCGAGCCAGAAGCGGGCGAAUAUUCGGAAGAGAAAUGGAUGAAACGCCGAAACUCCACGUCACCACGGUGUACGAAGCUCGAUCAUCUCCGUGAAUUCUGGCGAUCGUUCGGAACGAAUCCGGGCGCCGGUCCGGGCUUGUCAACCUGUCUCCUACAACUCUUUUCCUGCACUCUUGCAACCGUCGGCUCCGUGUUACCUCUCUCUUUCGCGACACCGUGAAACGGCGAAGGGUGGGUAGUGAUAUUGCAUGCCGCGAUACCGAACGCAGUGGUGGUAGUGUUGGCCAGUGGUGGUGGUGGUGAUAGUAGUAGUAGUAAUAGUAGUAGUAGUAGUGGUGGUGGUGGCGGCAGUGGUGGUAGUGAUGGUGGUGGUGGCGGCGGCGGUGAUACUAGGGAUGCUGGUGGUAGUGACGGUUUAAAUUUCAGCCGCGUGCUCGGGUUCACGUACGUGAGCCAUUACACGGGUCCGCAGGCUUUCUCGUCAACCCGGAAACGAACGGGCUCGCCGGUGCAGGAAACGAAGAGCGUACGUGCACGAUGCCAGCCAGGAGCAGGUCAAAGGAUAAAGCGUAUUCCCCAGAAGCGAGGGGAACCGAGUCGAACCGAUACUCGCAGCAGCGCCGUUCAAUUUUACACUUUUAUACGAAACAAGCUACAGCGGCCGCCGUUUCCGCGUUGUUCCGGCCUGACGGUGGUGCCUUUUGACUCGUGCCCGAAAAUAGAGACGGGUGGAUGUUGACUGAAACGCGCGGCCAUCGCCAACCCGACGAUACGCGACGUGGACACGUCGAGGGGACACGUCGAGGAGACACGUCGAGGAGACACGUCGCCGUCUGACGGUGAAUCAACGUCAACGGUGAAAACCGACAGAAGGAAGACCGGUGCACGUCGUUGUGGCCCGUGUUGUGCGCGACGAACGACGCUUCCAGAUGGAUGGAAAGGGCACGCUGGAAUCUUAACCAGCCUGUAAAUAGCCCGUCGUAAUUCCCGUCACGCGGAUUCGAUAUCCCUUAAGUGGCGACAUCCCCGGCUGGACCGUUCGAAAACGAGCGUACGCAAACUUUCUUUCCCCUUUCGCGAGUCGGGGGACACGAACUAGAGGAAAUCUCUCUCCAACCUUCGCGACUCCAAUUGGAAACGAAGAGAGAGUUUGGACGAAGAAACGGAGAGGGAUAUAAAAGAGAAAAGACGUCCAGGAAGGUGCCUAAUGCUUCUCAACGACAUGGAGCUGCUAAUGUUCUUAGCAGUAACGGCCUCCCUUCUGGGUUAUUGCCAAACAGAUGAAAAAGUGUCAUUCUAUGGCGCGAGCUACAUUCAUCUUCCGGUGCAAGAAGCUAAGGGUGCGACUGACAUCAGCUUCCGGUUCCGAACUCAUCUCGCGGACGCUAUGCUGCUAUUGGCCGCUGGCAAGACGGAUUACUGCCUGAUCAAACUCGAAGCUGGCAGAUUGAAGGUGCACAUAAACUUAGGCGCCGGCGAGAGCGAGAUGGCCAGCGCCCGCGGACUGACACUGAACGACCUGAGCUGGCACGAGGUGAAUCUGACGAGACGGGAGGCGAAUAUCACGCUACAGAUUGACGUGAUACACACGACUAGGUCUCUUCUGCCAGGACGUUUCUUCGAAUUGAAUAUACACUACGGAGUCUUCAUCGGGGGACAGGGUGACUUUAACGAGCUAUUUCUAGGGCACACGGAUUACUUGCGUGGCUGCAUGGCUGACAUAAUAUACAAUGGCGCCAGAGUAAUAGAAUAUGCCAAGUCGAGAAAAGGCCAGUCAGAGGCGACCGCCGUUACGUGGAGCUGUUCGCCGGAAUUCGACGCCACGAGAAGCACGGAAGUUAGUUUCGUGGAGGAUGGUGCGUUCACAGCGAUCCCAAGACCUAUUCCACGCUCCGGCUCCAAAUGGGAAUUCGAGUUGAAGACCGGCGCGGAGAGCGGCCUGCUGCUCUACAACACCGGGCAAUCGUCGUACGCCGAUUACCUCGGUAUCGAGUUAUUCGAGGGUAAAAUUCGACUUCUGAUGAACAAAGGAAACGGGCCGACCGAGUUGACACACGGCACGCUGGUGGCGGACGGCAAGUGGCAUCGGGUGGCCGUUGAUUUCAAUCCGAGCGGAAUCGGGAUCACGGUCGACCGUCAGGAAAAAACGAUCACUCUGCCGUCCGGUGGUAAUCGUUACCUCGAUCUGGCUGACACCCUGUACAUCGGCGGCACCGAGCUGAAUAAACGCGCCAGGGCGCUCGGCAAAGGCCUCAAGUCCGGUGACGUGAGCUACAAGGGCUGUCUGCGAAGUAUGCUGCUGGAUAACAAGGAACUCGGCCUGCCGGACGUUAAAAUCAGUCAGGGUAUCGUUGUUGGCUGCGUUUGGGGAUUUCCCUGUAUCGAGGCUGAUCCCUGUGUCCCGGAGGCAGUUUGCUCGCAACUAGGUGUCAGCUCGUUCAAAUGCGACUGUGAUCAACCACUGUGCAUCAAGCCGAACUACGCCGAGGAUUACAAGAUCUACUCGAGGGCAAAUUUGCCGGUGAACUUGGAGAUGCUCUCGCUGAGUCCCCUGGUGCUGUCCGAGGGUGGACACGUGCUGGUGACGAGCGAUAACAUAGCCAUGGUACUAGACAUUGCUAAAUAUGGGGUGGAAGAAGACGGUGUUAUCUUCACCUUGGUAACCCCGCCCACAUAUGGCACUCUGGCCCUGGACCUUUUGACGACCAGAACCGAGCAUUCCUUCACUCUUCAAGACAUUAAUCGAGAUAAGAUACAAUACAUGCACGACGGCAGUGAAACCACAGAGGACAGCAUGAUCCUGGAAGUGACAUUAGUGGCAGGAGCUGGUUACACGCUGCCAGGCUAUCUACGAGGACGACUUAGGUUUCCGCUUCAUGUCAACGUUACGCCCGUUAAUGAUCCGCCGUUGCUCGAAAUAUCGACCGCGAAAGUUCUACGUCUCGCCCAAGGUACGAGGAAAAUCUUGACGAAAGAAUUAAUUUGGGCGAUCGAUGCCGACACGCCGUCAGACAUGUUGGUUUACACGGUCUUACAUACCGACGCGGAUGCUGGCUAUGUGGAAAGAGUAACUUACCCGUCGCGACCUAUCGACACGUUUACCCAGGCUGAAUUGAUGCAAGGAUUAAUUGCAUACGUACACCGCGGAAACGCGAAACCGAACGCAAAGCUCGAUCUUCGGGUGAGCGACGGUAUAGAAAGCAGCCAGCCAGCGAGUCUGAGGGUGGCGGCUCAUCCGUUGGAAAUCAAGUUGAUGCACAAUACAGGACUGGUCGUGGUGCAUCGGUCUUACUCGUACCUGACACCGGCGAAUCUCUCUUUCACCACCAAUUCCGACGACAACACUAUUGAUAUACGCUACGAUAUCGUCUCGCAGCCGCAAUUUGGCACGAUUCAAAAGCUGAAGGACGUCUCGAGUAGCUGGAUGAACGUCGAUCAUUUCACCAGCAGGGAUAUCGAACUGCACGCGAUACGCUACCUCCACAACGAGGGCAGCCCGAAUCAAGACGAGUUCAAGUUUCAGGCGAGCGUCAGGGAGGUAAGGGCGCAGCACACCUACGAUUUUCGCAUCACCUUCAUCGAUCUCGAGCUGAAAGAAACGAAAAGAGUACCGAUCAAUUUCACCAACGUGGCAGAGGUGACUGUCACCGGGCAGAAUCUGCGGUACCAAACGAAUCCAUUGAUAACCGCGUUCAACAAGAUCGCGUUCACCGUAACAACGGGACCAAGGUACGGUAAUCUGUUCCUCUCGAGUCGGAGAUUAGAUACCGGCGACACGUUCACGCAAGAGGACAUCGACUCCGGCAAACUGCGAUACCGACUGUUCAAAAGGGCCUAUUCCACUAUACUGGACGAGUUCGCCUUCAAAGUGAGCGCCCCGCAGUGCAUCGAUUUGCACUCGAUCCUGAAGUUCAGGCAUUACCUCAGCAAGAACGUAAAACCUUUGGACAGCGUCGAAACUCUGAGGGUCGACGAAGGUUCCAGAGCGACUUUAAGAAUUCUACGAACGAAUCCAAGGGAUUACGGAGUUACGUCGCUGAUGUACAACUUGACGAUAGUUCCCCAUCACGGUUGGUUGACCGUCACAAACAACUCCAAAUCUCACUCUCGCAACAACACCUCCUAUUUCACUUCCGAGGAACUUUCGUCCCAAAAAGUCUAUUACGUUCACGACGACUCGGAGACGAGGGAAGAUUCGUUCCAGUACGUCGCUAUUGCCUCGGACGCGGUGGAUUUUAUGUACGUUGGCCUGUUCCGCGUCGAGGUCACGAUGAAGAACGACAACGCUCCAGAACGUGUGGUUCACAAGGUGUUCCACGUGGUCUCGAAGGGCGAGAGAUUGCUGACGAACAAAGAUCUCGCAUACAUAGACAAGGACAUCGAUACGAAACCCAGCGAUCUGAUCUACACAAGAAGAGAUACGCAGAAGAACGGAAUAUACAGGGUGACCAAUCCCACGUCGCAGAUACACGAGUUCAGUCAACAAGACAUCGACGACAAUCAGAUACUGUUUAAACAUCAGGGCGAGGACCACGGAAAGUUCGAGUUCGGCGUUACCGACGGUCAUUUUUACACGGCUGGCGUUCUCGAAAUUCAAGCCAGCCCUCCUUACGUGAGGUUGAGAGAGAGCAACGGGUCCGUGGUGCAAUUUAAUCGAUCGGUUGCUCUUCGACCGAACGAGUUGGAUGUUGAAACGAACGUGUACACCUCCGACAAGGAUAUCAAGUACGCGAUCUUAGAGAAACCAAAGCACGGGGUGCUGUUGAAGCACGGCAGGGAGACGAACACGUUCAACAAAGAGAAUCUACGUUACGGUAUAAUUUUGUACAAACAUCUCGGAGGAUCAUUGGUGAAGGACGACUUUAGAUUCAAAGUGUCGGCGAAAGGAGCAGAGGCAGAGGGGACAUUUCUAAUUAAGAUUUAUCCCGAAAGCUACUGGCAGCCGUUGACCGUGCAAAACAACAAAACGAUGUUCGUGGAGGAGGCUACUAGUAUUUUAUUAAGCAGAAAGAGCCUCGAGAUCAUGCAUCCCAAGAUACCUGAUUCUGAAAUAGUUUAUUUUCUGAAAGAGUGGCCGCAAAAUGGAUAUCUGGAGCUACAGAUUCACGACGAGCACAGCGACGAGACACGAGAAGAUUACAUCGGGAACGCGGUGAAGUCUUUCGAUCAAAGCAUGAUAAACGAGGGUCGCGUGUUCUACGUACAGUCCGUGAUGAAUCAGACGAACGACAAGUUUGUCGUCGACGUAACGAAUGGGAUAACGUGGCUGCGUGGUCUUUGCGUGAACUUUGUGAUCGUUCCGGAAAAGCUUUACGUCGAAGCGAAGGGCGUUGUCGUGAUCGAGGGAAAGAGUACCAUUCUCGACGAAACAAAUUUCUUCAUUUUAACCCCUUAUUAUUCCGGCAAAGUGACGGACUAUAGAGUUCUGGAAAAGCCGAAACACGGCAUGAUUUUGGAAUCGACCAAGAAUUCUCAGGUGAAGAAGUUCUCGCAGAAACAUCUGACCGGUGGAAUAAUAUUGUACAAACACAACGGCGACGAAUCUUCGAAAGAUUCGUUCAAGAUGGUACUCGUUGCCGGCGAUAAAACCAGCGAACCCUUUGACGUUUGGGUUACGAUACAACCAGUGAAUGACGAAGUACCUCUACUCGUUAACAGGACUAAAUUAACCGUUUGGCAAGGUGGUUCGAUCACGUUGACACCUGAUAAAUUAGCGGCUGUUGACAAUGAUACCGCGGCGCGUGAUAUAACGUACAACAUCAGCGGAGUUAGAAACGGAUUGAUUUCGUUAAAGUCUUCUCCGGGGAUAGACGUUUAUAGUUUCACGCAGGAACAGAUCGACCAGUCGAAAAUCAUGUUCACCCAUACGAACGACUCCGACGCUGAAUUCAAUUUCGUGUUACACGACGGUGUACACACCACGGAAUCUUAUACGAUAUUGGUAGCCACUAAACCUGUUCGACUGAUUAUCGAGCAGAACGCAGCACCAAAUGUUUUUCCAUUAACGAGAAAAGUGAUAACGAGCAAAUUACUGUUAACGAGAUGUUCGGACGAAUCUCGAGAAAUAAAAUACACGGUACGAAACGGGCCGCAUCUCGGUAGGAUCAUCAUGGAAACGAGCGAGGGCGCGUGGUUGAAUGUUGAUCGAUUCACACAGAAAGACAUUAACGAUAGCAAAGUUUUCUACGAACACACCAAGCAAUUUAUGGACUUGACCGCCAACGAUUCAUUUACGUUCGACGUGGAAGCACGCUUCGCGGAAUCCUUAACCAAUCAGGUGUUUCAAAUAGAUAUCUCAGUUUCCAGUGGCGGUCUAGACAGAUACAUCUCCAUAAAGAACGUGAGAGUCCAGGAGGGUGGUUCGGCUGAAGUUAUCAUGAACAUCAGCGGGAUUGUAUCAUUUCUUCAAGCUCACGCUGGUAUCGAGAAUCCAGCGGUACUCUCGCGAUUGGUCAGUCAACCGAGCCACGGCCACGUGAUGAUUCUUCCAGAUUUGAAUGUCACCACUUUCUCCCAGCCGCAAAUCGAGGGUGGAAAAAUCGCGUAUUAUCACGAUCAUUCGGACACCUUAGAGGACCGCAUCAAUUUUUCUCUUUAUCUGACUCCUGGCCACAUCCUCCUAUGCAACACCAGCAUCCCGGUAAUAAUCGAGCCAGUGAACGACGAACCGUUCAAAUUAAACACAAACGCGCCGUCCAUUACGGUGGUACAGAAUCAAAAUCAGACGAUAACCAAAGAGAACUUACUGACAACUGAUCCAGACACGCCGCCAGAGGAAAUUGUAUACGAUGUGAUAUCUAGGCCGACGUACGGUCGCUUAUUGCUUCUACCAUUCAACGAGAAUAUCUCGGAAGUUCGUCAAGUGAACAAAUUCACCCAGCACGACGUCGAUUCCAAUCGGCUGGUAUACGAACACAAUGGGCCUCUUCAAGCGGCUUCCUUUUACUUCCGUGUAUGGGAUGGUCGUUUCAAUCCAGUGUAUACGGUGUUCAACGUGUACGUUUUGCCUAUCAAACUGAACGUUACCGUUCCAAGUCCCGUGAGUCUGCAGCAAGGCUCCAAUGUAGCUCUAAUUUCCGAGAGCAACGUGAAACUCGACACUAACGCGAGACAAGAUCUGGUCAUUUACGAAGUAACGACGACUCCAAAGUACGGAGUGUUGUACGUACGUGACGGGGCGGCGGCUAGCUUUAAGCAAACAGAUUUGCUGUCGAAAAGCGUAAUGUUCAUGCAAACGGACAUGACCGUAUCGAACGACAGUCUCGAACUGGCCGCGCGACUGAGCGGAUUCGAACAGAAACACAUUAGAAUCGAAAUCAAGGUAGUACCCCUGAUGAUUAUGAACUCUAUGGUCGCUCUGGCAGGCGAGAAGACUAGAAUAACGUUGCAACACAUGGAUGCUACACCGUUGGCUAAGCUAACGAGCAGCAAUCCCACGUACACGAUCGUAAAAAAGCCGAAAUUUGGUAAGAUAAAGAGGAUCAUUAGAAGUUCUUCGUCUUCCGGUGAGAAACGAGGAACUCGUGAGAAAGAAGUGACCAAGUUCUCUCACCAGGAAGUGAUGUCGGGCGUGAUUUACAUGGUUUGCAGAAAAAUUCCAACGAUGGAGUACGAGGGUGUAUUAGAUAGCUUCGCAUUUGUCUUAGCGGCCUCUAUUUUUCAACCAGCCGUCGGUGACUUCGAAUUUCGCGUUAAACUCGACAUGGACGAGUAUAAUAUCACGCUGGGUGGUCCAAUGGAUCCAGUUGGUCACGAAGGUGAAAUGGCGAUCGCGCCGAAUAUGAGCAACGAUUAUUUGUUAAUCUUAGGGAUGCUUCUUGGCGUAUUUUUGCUCGGUGUAGUAGUGAUCAUUACCAUCAGGUGUAGGCAAAACAAAUACAAACAUGCCGAGGAAGAGAAACCAGAACCGACUCCGGCGGUUGGUGUAAUGCCUCUUCCAAGACCUCCGGAUCACUUGAUGCCUGUAACACCUCAUGUAAAACGUUACGCCAACGAUCACAAUAGCGUGGCGGCCAGCACGCCCUUACCAGUUCUACCAACGAUGACGUCCACCCUACCUCAAUGCAAGGUGAUACCUCUGAGUCCCUUGGAAAGUAUCACAGGAUCUGAAGUGGACGUUUCAGCAAAGUAUCCGUACGGUGUCGCGGAUGGAGACGAAUGGAGCAGCUUCGACACGUCCGAUCUACCUUGUCAGUCGGCCACCACACAGCGGACCAACAACCCCUUGCUAAGAAGAAAUCAGUAUUGGGUCUAGCAAAAGGAGGGCUGUUCGCGAUCAAAGCGAAACAGGCCGUAACACUUUCACAAAACUCGAAGACUGUUUUUUGUUACGAAGUUCUUGAGACUAAUUGUCGAUUAACUAUGGUCUUAAUGUGCCUAAAGAAAUAAUAAUUGACUCUGCGAGAUGGGAAUAUUACCGAAAGCCUCGAUUUUAUACCGAUACCUUGACGGAAACUCUUUUUCCCGACGCGCUCUUGCGUAAUACGAAGCCUCGAUAACAACACGUACCCAAUUACGUUGUUAAUAAUUAACGAGUAUUCAUUGCUCCGUAUAUAUAUUAAGAUUGUACGUGAUCGUUAACCAAUAAGUCGAGCAUCAGAGUUUCCAUCGAUUCUUUCGUUCUUUUUUUCUUUUUCACAUCAUAGACUCUGACAAGAACGCCAAGUAAUAUAUUCGGACUAGUAAAGGAUUAUCUUUUUGCGUGGUUUGCACGUAAAAUGUUUCGCGGUGUAUCUUGUUAGUACUGCAAUCCCUGCGAUUCCGGGUGAGCUGAACUCGUUAAAUAUAAAAGAAUACAAACCCAAGACUAUCAUCGCUAUUAUGGAUCGAAUGUGCCUAAGAUAUUAUCUCUCAACUCUUGUAAGAAUUUUUCCACGAGGCCUGCACGAUGUCGAUUUCACUGUCGAUUUCCUCGGUUGGAUGAAAAGAAGAUUCGAGAUUCAAAACGACCAACGUCAAAUCUGGUCGGUGAUCGUUUUCGAAGCUCGUUCACUUUCAGCCAAAUCUACGUCACUCAGGAUAUUUCUCUUUCGAUGCUUCGUAGCGUCAUCCCUCCUUCAUCGAUACACGAGUAUCGUUCUCUUUUUUUUUUUUUUUUUUUUUACGAAACCCAAAAAGGAAAACCAUCGUUAUUAUACACAACCGAUAGAAUAUCGAGGGUAAAUGAGACGGGGAAUAUUCACUCGAGAACAUCGGGAGUACUUAGAGGUAUUGUCAGACGCAAAACGUUGCGCAUACUCGCUCGAAGAGAUUUUGUAAAGAAAAUAACUACAAAACGGACUGCGCAUUUCAGGUUUAUAUACAUAUGACAAAUAUAUAAAUAGGAGUAUUCGCGACUUUUCUAAAAAACAAAAAAAACAAAAAUAUGCACAUUCAAAGCACGCAGUACAACCAGAAAUACUCCAGUACGCACAUAUCUUUUUUACACGAUUCCUGCGUAUUUGUACUGUUCUGCGUCGUACAACGUCGACGUUUUUGAAUUUCAUUGUUCGUCACAUCACAUGAGGUCGCUCCCGAUUCUUUCCGAUACACUAUCUUACCAUUCGGGCAACAAUUUUCCACACAAUAGAAACAAAAGGGAUUCGUCAUAAUUCGAAGAAGAAAAACUAACUCGGAAAAAUACAUGAAACAUCUUUUUCUGUCCCUAGAAAAAUAACGAUGUCAUUUUCUGUAUACCAAAACACUUAUAUUUAUCUCGUCGACGUCGUGAAGGUUAAGUUCAUUGAAACUUGUCGAUCAAUUUUUUUCAACAGCAACGACAGAUUUUAUUACUGCAGUAUUUCGUAACCAUCGGCCGACGUAUAGAACGCACAAUAACGAUUCGCAAAUUCUCUUCAAUAUUAAGAUAAAUUAAUAAAUCACUCGAUCAAUCGACAACGACUUGUUGAUUCGCGCGCUCGCCGAUUUUUCGAGGGAUAGUUAAAUGUUUGUGUCUCUUAGGGCUGCGCAAACUCACAGUGACCUUAACCAUGAUUUCUAUUAAAAAGAGAAAAGAAGGAAAAAAAAAAAGAAAAAUCCUAGAAAACGUAUAAUUAAGAAAAUGCUCUAACGUCGAUGUUAAUAUAGUGAUAAUGAUAAUAAUAACGGUAAUUAUUAUUAUUAUUAUAUAUAAAUAUAUAAAAUAUUUACACUCCUACAUAGAAGACACUGUUUCGUAAAUUCGCAGGCAUACGCAUUAAUAUGAUAGUUCCGAUCGUGUGGCGAAAGGAGAUAAGACAUUUUUAACAGAGAUACAUGUGUUGAUUAAUGAAUAUGUUAGAAACGAACAGUUAGGCUUUUUUACAUCCCCAAGAUGAACCGAUCCGAGUGCCAAACUUCUAUAUUGUGUAACAUAUAGUUAUAUAGGAUUGUAUUUUCCCUGCCGACUGAAUGCAUUACUCUAAUAAUUCAAAUAAACUGAAUGUGCGAUGUUAUACAAAACGUAA